AUGAUUACGCCUAUACUGAGAAAGAGCCUGACACAAGGUGCCCGCCACACUAGAUGCUUCAGUUCAAGCCCAAUGCUUGCGGCGCAGGAAGUUAAGAGGCUUGGUGUUGUUGGCGCCGGGCAGAUGGGCUUGGGAAUAGCACUUGUAGCUGCGCAGAAGGCUGGAGUACCUGUAACUCUAGUAGACACCAACCAGGCGUCAAUAGACAAAGGUUUUGCCUUCGCCGACAAAUUGCUCGCCAAAGAUGUCUCUAAGCAACGAAUCACCCAAUCCGAGUCCGAUACCAUCCGUGAGCUGCUUAAACCUUCCACAACCAUGGAUUCCCUCUCCGAAGUAGACUUCGUCAUCGAAGCCGUUCCUGAGAUCCCCUCUCUGAAAUUCAGCAUUUUCUCCUCCCUAGCGCAAAUAUGUCCACCACACGCGAUCCUUGCUACAAACACCUCUUCGAUAUCUAUAACGAAGAUUGCCGCUUCGACGACCAAGGAUCCAACAGAUACAAGUGCUAGCUCGAGGGUUAUAUCCACACAUUUCAUGAACCCGGUGCCGAUUCAGAAAGGUGUAGAGAUUAUUACAGGCUUGCAAACAAGCCAAUCGACGAUCGAUACAGCGAUUGCGUUUUGCAAAGCAAUGGGAAAGAUCCCAUCUCAAUCUGCGGAUUCGCCUGGAUUCCUUGCGAAUCGCAUCCUGAUGCCGUAUAUCAAUGAGGCUAUCAUCUGCUUGGAAACCGGUGUUGGGAAGCGAGAUGACAUCGAUGCUAUCAUGAAGAAUGGAACAAAUGUCCCUAUGGGUCCAUUGCAGCUGGCAGAUUUUAUUGGUAUCGACACGUGUUUAGCGAUCAUGAAGGUACUGCAUGAGGAGACAGGAGACUCAAAAUAUAGGCCUAGUGUACUGUUAGGCAAGAUGGUUGACGCUGGCUGGUUGGGCAAGAAGAGUGGUAAAGGAUUCUACGACUAUUAG